UGCUGUCACCUGAAGUUUUCCUCUCCUCAGAUCCGAGCCCGGACACUGCGAUGACAAUGAGGUUUUCCGACAAUUAUCCUCGCUGGGUCGUCAUCCUCCCCGUGCUGAUAGUUUUGACAACGCUGGCCCUCGCAGCAGACUCCUCGCUCUGGAGAAGGAUGGUCGCCAACCCUGACGGGGCUGCAGUGACUGGAAGACUCGACUUCAGUUCUGACUCUGUGAUAGCCUGCGCAGCGCAGGCAGCGCAGCGCGGCUCUGAUCUGCUCUGCCACGACGGUGUGAUGGCUUGUGUGAUCGUCCUGACGACGUCGCUGGUUGGGGUGCUUGGUGUGACCAACCACUCGUGGAACUGCUUCUUGAGAGGCCCGUGGUGCCGUCCCCCCUUCAUGCAAGUACGGGACUUGGGCUGCCUUCAGUUCGACAUCAACAAUCUGAUGAAUUUCUCAGAUGCGAGGACCGCCUGCCCGCCCCCCGCCACCCUCUGGUACCCCAAGUCCAACGAACAGGCCGCAACCAUCGCCGACUACCUCACCAACGAGAGGUACGCUGCCCCCGCUGGGGGAGUUUGUGGACCCUCGGUCCCUCUGCCGGACGGUUACCCUGGUCCCUGCCGCCCUAAGGGAACAGCCACCUGCUGCAACGCGACAGGUGUUUGUGGAGGUACCAUCGCCGACUGCACCUGCCCUACGUGUAUCAACUACGAGAAUGUAGCCAGGGCCUUCUGGACGGGAUUCCAAAAGAAAGCCGGCGUCUGGACGUACGACGACAACCGCACCGUGAUGGACACUCGAGGUGUGGCUCCGUGGGGCCCAAAUGACCCAACAAAUAAAUACGACUGUGCGGCGAUCUACAUCUAUCCCUUAUUCAACUAUAAUUACCAGUAUAUGGUUGUGCACUGCACCGUUUCUACUUACGCCAGCAUCUGCCGGUGGCCAGAAAUGCUCUAA